AUCAUUAAUAGUAGCAAAACACCGAUACUAUCGAUAGUGCCAUCGAUGUUUUGACACCUCUAAUACACUUAGCUCGUCACAGAUUUAUUUAAUUCUUUAGUUUUUUGGGUUUAAUUACAAUCGCACUCACUGGAAUAUAUAAAAACAAUCAAUAUAAUCACGCGCCCUAAGCCCAGCAACAAAUCUGUGUCAAUUAUUGGUCCGUUGAUGCCAAAAGAACGUCCAGCAGUGCACCACAACCCCACGCCACACAACAGAAAACAAUACUUUUCGGCGCCCGCAGUUAUUUAUCACAAGACGCCAACAUCAGUCAUCGGACACACGACGGCACACGGACAGCAAACAGAAACGGCUGCCAAGCCAAUCGAAGGCUUAGCACAUACAUAGCUACAUACAUACGUGGACGCUGUGUCUCUUGACUAUUGAAACCGAAUUUUGACUCGUAACCGACUCUUCCAGCCAACUGUGCACACAAAAGACGCGCAGGUCGAAAGUACAUACUGCACGAUGGAUGUAUCAACCUCAACCUCCACAUCUUUUGAGUCCUCCAAUGCAACGAUGGAUAAUAAUAGCAGCUCAGACACGGGCGACACCACCCUGUACGGCAGUGCGCUGGACAACCUAUCAGCAACGGCUUACGGCUCCUGUAAUGAUAGUCUGAUUAGCGAGAUUAGCCACAGCUCGACGCCUACUAAUGGUGCUAUCAAAGCGGUCAGCGCGGAUCUUAGUAGCGAAGCAGCUGCCUUCAAGGCCGCUACCCAAGCGCCUUCAGCAUUCACCGCUCCCACCCCAGCUCUUAAUGCCAGCAUGCUGCUCAUCCAGUCCGAGAGCACCGACACGAACACCUCGCAGGAGGAGGUGGAUCCAAAGUCGCAGCUGGCCAACAAGACAAUAUUCAAGACAGAUAAUCCCAAUUUGUCAAUUAUAGAGAUAAACGAUAACUCGAUUAAAGCGGAGGACCUCGAGAAGGAGGUCGUGCUGAUUGAGGGGGACAACGUUAAGCCCAUACUGAAGAAGUCCCCCAGCAAAGGACCAGCGGCCGCGGACCCAGCCUCGACCACAGACAAGCGACGCCGUAAGACAGAGUCAUUGCUGCAAACGAGCAAGCAAAAGCUGGACAUCUCCAUAGCCGAGGCCUCGGCAGCGGCCGAUGGAGACAAUGACAACCGGGAGGUGGUUGUUGCCUCCAGCCACGAUCAGCCACAGACAAAACGCGACAUAAAAAUCUAUGAUACUCUUGAGGAGUUUGACCAAAAUCUUCCGUCGACGGUGACGCUGUUGAACACACCGUUUGGUAGCAAGGUCUAUCUCGUCGGAACGGCGCAUUUCAGCGAAGAGUCACAGGAUGACGUCUCUCUUGUUAUACGCAAUGUCCGUCCAGAUGUGGUCAUGGUUGAGCUAUGUCCAUCACGUAUACACAUUCUGAAGCUGGAUGAGAAGACGCUACUGGAGGAGGCCAAAAAUAUCAAUAUACCAAAGAUACGCGGUUUAAUACAGACCCACGGCUACAUCAACGGCGUCUUCUUCAUUCUGAUGCUCCAGAUGAGUGCUCAAAUCGCAAAGGAUCUUGGAAUGGCGCCGGGCGGUGAAUUCCGGCGGGCCUUCGAGGAGAUACACAAGCUGCCUGGCUGCAUUCUGCAUCUGGGAGAUCGACCCAUUCGCAUCACGAUAUACCGAGCGCUGCGCGCUCUGUCCCUGUGGCAGACCAUGAAGCUCGUCUGGCGCCUGACAUUCACAGACAGCAUAAGCAUCGAGGAGGUGGAGGAAUGCAAGAAAAAGGAUUUGUUGGAGAAACUGAUGCAGGAGAUGGCUGGCGAGUUUCCCGCCUUCUCGGACGUAUUUGUUCGCGAGCGUGAUCUGUUCUUGUGCCACUCCUUGCAGGUGGCUGCCCUACCACAAGCGGCUCCCGGAGGGUCUGGCGUCCGUCCCGUACGAGUUGUGGGAGUGGUGGGCAUCGGCCAUGCCAAUGGCAUUGCCAAGAUGUGGGGCAACGUAGACCCAGAAAAGAUACCCUCCAUUCUCGAAAUUCCGCCGGCCAGCCUCAGUCAGCGUGUGUGCAAGUUCACCUUGAAGUACGGCCUCAUUGGCCUGGGAUGCUAUGGCGUUAUCCGCUUUGCACGGCCCCGACUAACGCGUUUCUUUUAAACUGUGGCCCCAAAUUCACUACGUUGUUAAAUAUUUGUGUUAUUGACUUGCAAAUCCCUGCGCAGAAGCAUAUAUAUAUGACUCUCACUGAGAAUUAAUUGUAUUCCAUUGUAUUGAAUGUUUUGAUAGAAAUCCCUUAUACACGAAAUACAACCACGGAUGUAUGUAUAUAUUUACAUACCUGCAGACACACA